AUACUUUACUCAUUUUAACAAUAAUUAGUAUUAGGACUGAAAAAAUAUACAUGAUAAGAUUAAUAAUUUAUACAGUUCAUUAUAAACAAAUUAUCGAUGUUUAUCUUCAUAGUGUCUGGUAGUCUGGUGAACACGUUUUGAAAUGGCAUGUAGCAACAAGGUAACUGUAGAAGUCCCCCUAUUUUUUAAUUAUGUAUACUUUUUGCUAACGUCUUCAGUGGUAACAAAUUUAAUUAUUUAUCGAACUUGCUACGUAACACUUGGUUAUAAUAAGAGCGAUUGUUCUCAGUUGGGAAAUAAAGAUAAUAACGUAACUCAUCACUACGAGAAAAUUGUUCAGCCUUAUGCAGAUGUAGUAUUAAUGGUAAAGUCCCUGCUCGAUUUACUUCUACCCACAUUCAUUUGUCUAAUGGCGGGAUCAUGGUCUGAUAAACAUGGAAGAAAACCAGUUUUGUUGGUUACUUUAGGAGGUAUGGCAUUUACUUGUACGCUAAUAAUAUUAUUCUGCUUAUUUGAAAAUAUAUCUCCCUGGAUAUUUUUGAUCACUGCAAUACCAACGAUGAUAACAGGCAAUAACACUACAUUUUUUGCCAUAACACUGUCCUACAUAUCUGAUACUUCGUCCAAGGAAACCAGAGGUCUAAGAAUGGCCUUUUGUGAAGUGGCUUUAGCAACUGGGUCUCUCUUAGGAAGUAUUUCAAGUUCCUAUAUAUUUUACGCCACCAAUUAUCCAUCAAUGUUUGCCAUUGGUUUGGCGUGUGUAUCGAUUGGUAUAGCUUAUACAAUAUUUUUCGUACCAGAAUCUAUAGAAAACAUGCAGGAAUCAAGGAAAUUAAUAACAAAUACUGAGGACGAAAAGGAAAAACCAGUUAGGAUAAAUUUAUUUAAGGAAAUUAUUCAAACUACCAUUAAAAAACGAGAAAACUACGACAGAGCCGUAAUCAUCCUAACACUGACGUCUAUUAUAAUUUACAUUUUUCUUACACAUGCAGAUACAAGCAUCCGAUAUAUCUUCCUUCGUGGAAAACUGAAUUGGACAUUUACAAAGUACAAUCUUUAUAACAGUGUUUGUAUGUUAAUUUGGGCUGCGGGUACCAUGGCUGGAAGUUACAUUCUUCAGAGGAAGUUUCAUAUUAAGGAUUCCAUACUUGCUCUGAUAGGGUUGAUAUCGAUGUUAAGUUGCGUCAUUUUGCAGUUUCUUGCAACCAAUGAUACAGCGAUUUAUAUUGCUGGUGCUUCAAAAUGUUUGGGAGGACUGGUCGCUCCCAUGCUGCGAGCUAAAAUAUCCCAGUUAGUACCAUCUGAUGAAGUUGGUAAAAUAUUCGCAAUGGUCGUAGGAGCUGGAGCUCUGGUGUCUGCUGCUUUAACACCCGUAUAUACAUUAGUAUAUAACAAUACGAUCUACAUUGACUCUGCGUUAUAUAAUCUGCUUUCCAUUUCUUUUUUGACAAUAACCAUUACUUUAGUAGUAUUAGUAAUAUAUUUGGAAAAGCAAUCACAAAUAAAUACAUCUGAAGUUCAGAUAGUUGAAGAAGAUAUAAAUGAAAGCUAAUUUUAAAAAAUGUGAUUGUGCCAGGAACGGAGAAAGGAAUUUUUUGUACUAAAGUUUUAAUUAAAGAAAUAUUUUUUA